CUGGACAAUGGCCUGUGACGGAUUUCGGCGCUCAAAAGAGAAACGGGACUUGUCUGACAUGAAAAGUAAAGCCGCGGAGUUUUACCAGGGGAACGGAGUCCCGCAGGAGAUAGAGCGAGCUCUCAACCACCUGUUCUUCCACCAGUCCGGCGACAUUUACGGCGACCUGGCAAAUUACUUUACAAAACUCGCUGCACCACCAAGGAUAAGCAAACUAAAGGGAAAGGAAGUUUAUGAUGCAAGAGGACAGCUCUCCAUUCAGGCAGAGGUCUUCUGCAUCAUCAGAAAUGAAGAAAAGCUGUUUUCCUCAGCUGCCAUUUCCAACGACUGUGGGCUCCUUGAGGAGACUUCAGCUGGCCUGAGUGCAAAGAGCGAGGAGAGGUUUAACCACGUAAUGACCGCUCUGCAGUGGAUUAAUGAACCUCUGAGUGAAAUGCUGAAGGACCUCGACCCCUGCGACCAGGCAGGAGUAGACCACAUACUCAGCAAUUUCUUCAUGGCUCGCUACCUGGAGAAGGAGGAGAUCCAGAGCAGGGAGAGGGAGCAGAGCUGCUCACCCAGCAAGCUGGAAGAGGAGCCUCCCACUCCACCACCUGCACAGCCUAAAGGGAGGAAGAGUGGUGAUAAAGGUAAAAAGGGCACCAAUGUGGAGAAGCCGAUUCCUCCGCGAGAGCCGCCAGAACCGGUGCUGCCUGGAAGCUGGGCCAUCGGCUCUGUGUCUCUGGCUGUGGCCAAAACUGGGGCCCAAAUACAGGGGGUCCCACUGUACAAAUACAUCGCAGCUCUGAAGAACCAAGAGGCUCAAACUCAGUUCCACGUCCCUGUGUCCUUGGUAACUUUGCUAAGCUGUGGCAAGACAUCACCGGGAAAGCUCAAUUUACUGGAGGAGGUCAUCCUGAUCCCCGCGGCGGGACAACAAGUCAAACAAAUCAUCACAAUGGCCCUCGAGUUACAAAACGAGCUGAUGAGAAUAAUGAACACUUCAUCAAAAGCCGGGGCGGUACAGGCAGCUUUGUCUGACACGGGAGCGCUAGCUGUCGGGUGCGAGCGACCUGAGCAGCCUCUGGAUCUGAUUGCUGAAGCUUGCAGCGACCUUGGACUGGCACUUGGAACAGAGAUUCAUUUGGCAGUAAACUGUGCUGCUCAUGAGCUAAUGGACUAUUCUAAAGGAAAGUAUAACAUUGCGACAGGAAGUCUCAAGUCUCCUGAUGAAUUAGUGGAUCUGUAUCAAGCUCUGGUCAGUAAAUACCCGGCUGUGGUGGCUUUGAUUGAUCCACUGAGGAAAGAGGAUGUGGAGCAGUGGGACAAGCUGAGCAGUGCCAUUGGAGGCUCGUGCUUGUUGCUCUCUGAUGUCACCACCAAGCCCCAGACCCCGCCUCUUCCCGGGGUCAAAGGUCAUAUACUCAGACAAAUGAAUGAGACUUCAAUCAGCGACUUGAUCCGCAUCACAUCAGAUUAUCAAGGUGCAGUGAUAAUGGGGACAACAUGCAGAGAGCCCUGCAGUGAUGACUCUCUAUCAGAUGUGGCAGUUGGGCUGGGCUUGAGCUAUGUCAAACUGGGAGGUCUGAGUGGUGGUGAGAGGCUGACUAAAUACAACCGCCUGAUUUCUAUAGAGGAAGAACUGGCCCAACAGGGAAUCCUGGUCUCCAAGGAGAAUCGACCCACCCAGCUAUUCGGCGAAAAACCAGAAGAACAGCAAACUGCUCCAUGAUAUUCUGAGAGGCAGACUAAAGGAAUAUACGUACACAUGAAG